AUGGAGACACUGUCAUAUCAGUCGAGUCUCGUCCCUUUUGACGAAUCCCGUCGAACCGGUUGCUUCACAACGCUUCCCAUUCGCAUUCAUCCCCGAAAUGACCUCGCAGACCUAGCAAGUCGCCGCUUUGUAGAAGACUGGGCGAGCAACAUUGGGGACGGCCGAGAGAAGCAAACCUAUUUCUCUUUCUCACCGGUGGGAAACUGGUCUUCUCUCAUCUAUCCGGAAGCCAUUCCAGAGCGGCUUGGUGUGCUAGCCUACCUCUCAGAUCUGGGCCUGAUUCAUGACGAUACUGCAGAAGGACUCAGCAUAGAUGAGGCUCAAGCUGAACAUGAUCAACUUCAGGCAGCUUUAAAUCCAAAUGAUGAGCGAUCCCUUACCCCGGGAUCAAGAGCACUGAAAACCAAGAAACUUGUCUCGCAAUGCAUUCUCGAGUGCGUCAAACUGGAUCAUGAACUUGGUCUAAACAUGCUGGCUGCAUUCCGUGAUGUCUGGCUAGCUAUAAGCGAGAAAAACAGUGAUAAAGAAGCGCAGACCAUGGAGGAAUACUUGGAAUAUCGCAGCGAUAAUGGUGGGAUGCUUGUCUUUUGGCCAAUGCUUCAGUUCAGUCUUGGAAUCACUCUCUCAGAAGCAGAGCAUAGGCUCGUGCAGCCUAUCAUCGACGCAGCCACAAAAGGGCUGCUGUUAGCCAACGACUAUUUCAGUUGGGAGCGAGAAUACAGAGAACUGCAGUCCGGCCAUUCCAAAAGGAUCGUAAGUGCCAUUGAGCUGUUUACCAGAACCAAGGGCCUUUCAAUCGAUGCCGCCAAGAAUGAGGUGAAGCUCAGCAUUAUCAACGCAGAGCGUGAAUUUUGUCAACGUCGUGACGAGCUCUACGUCGCCCAGCCAGACUUGUCUUUGAAACUAAGAAGAUGGAUUGAUUGCGCCGGUUUGGCCGUCUCAGGGAAUCACUACUGGUGCUCCGCUUGCCCAAGACAGAAUGCGUGGAAGGAUGAAACUCAUGUGAACGGAAAUGGAGUUAAAAGGACAUUCUCUCAUUCUUCAGUGACCAGCCUCGAGGAAAAUGAUAUAAGCACAAAGAGGAAGAAGGAAUCAAUCAUCAAUAUAUCUGAGCGCAGCGACAGCAGCAGGCCUGUUGUCAGCGACGUGUCCAGGUACCCGCUUCGCAAGCCCUCCGAUCUUGCCAUCAAUGCGCCCGUAAACUACAUUGCUAGUAUGCCUUCCAAAGGCGUCCGAAGUGCUCUUAUCGAUGCCCUCAACACCUGGCUCCACGUGCCUCCCGCAACGAUCAAGACCAUCACGUCAGUCGUCGAUAUGCUGCACAACGCAUCCCUCAUCCUCGAUGAUCUACAAGACAAUUCUCCAUUACGCAGGGGGUUUCCAGCGGCUCAUAUCAUCUUCGGACAGCCUCAGUCCAUUAACAGCGCCACCUUCAUGUUCGUCCGCGCGGUGGGCGAGGUCGCACAGAGCCUGUGCCCAGCGGCAUUGACGGCAGUGCUUGAGGAGCUUGAAGGCCUCUAUCUGGGACAGAGCUGGGACCUGUAUUGGAAGCAUAACCUAGCGUUCCCUAGCGAGGCAGAGUAUAUCAAUAUGAUUGACCACAAGACGGGUGGCAUGUUUAGGAUGCUACUGCGUAUCAUGCAGGCUGAGAGCGUGAUUGGGGGGACGCCGAUGGCACUGCCCCUAGAUUUUGAAAGACUCACGCUGCUCUUCGGUCGCUUCUUCCAGAUCCGGGACGACUACAUGAAUUUUGGCGACUAUGCCACACAGAAGGGACUUUGCGAAGAUCUGGACGAAGGAAAGUUCUCUUAUCCCAUCGUCCACUGCCUGUCGAAUCACCCGGAGUAUCGGGGGCACAUCCUUGGUGUUUUCCGGCAGCGCCCGACCACGGCUACAAGUACAGCAUUUCAGCUAACCAAGGAAUGCAAGGAGUACCUGACAACCUGCCUGAGAAAGUGCGGGGCGUUUGAGAAAACGCUGGACUGCUUGCGGGAGGUGGAAAGUGAGCUGGAACUGGAAAUUGACCGGUUAGAGCAGCUGACGGGCGAGCCAAACCCUAUGCUACGCCUGUGUCUUGCAAAACUCAGUGUUAAAGGGAUUUCUAAGUUAGAAUGA